UAAAAAAAAAAAAUAACAAAAACCAGAAAUAAACAAGCGAAAUGUUUGCGGGCGCCCAACGACUUUCCAGACGCAGCGCCGCUUCCAGUGCGCGGGCUCAGCUUAUAAAAAGCGUGCGGCGCCUGCGCAGCCGAAUCAUUACAACAAAGCUAACGCGCCAGUUAAUAGCCAAAAUGAAAUUCUUCGCGCUGUGCUCCGUGCUGUCCGUGCUGCUGCUGGCUGGCAGCGUGCGCUGCUUGCCACAGACCCGUGAGGGCGCCGCCUACUCGAACGAGGCCAUACGACAGGCGCAGCAGACGCUGCUCAUACCCAAGGAUGCCCAGAUCCAAAACGUGCAGGAGGGCAUCGAGCUGGGCGCCUACGAGCAGAUACCCGGCAACCAGCGCAUUAAUCUGUUCGACAUUCUCGGCGAUACGGUGCCAUCGGAGGUGAUAAACAACCUGCAGACGCAGGUCGAUCAAAUUGGACGCAAUUAAUGGCAAUCCCAUAAAUCAUGCGAUUUGGAUAUUUGCAUUUUGUUAAGUUUACAAACCCGAAAACAAAACUAAAAACUAAUAAAAACAAAAAAUCUUAUUUAA